AUGCCACGACUUCUCAACCGAGGCCGUCCAUCCGCUGUGGACUCACCCUCCAGAGCUGGCAUUUCAACGUCACUUCCCCCGUAUCAACCACCGUCUUGCGGCCUCAAUGAUGGCGCUCGCCGUGCGCUUGGCGAACUGUCGAAUAACCGCGGCACUUCAUCAUACGAAACGCAACUGAAAGAUUCCAUACGGCAGCUCGGUCUCAGCGUGGGGGAUCUCCACGAACGAUUACGAGCGCAGCAAGAACGGUUGCAAUGGCUCCAGGAGCGUCGCCAAGAAAAAGGCACCAGCAAGACCCCAGAGGAGGAACGGCUGGAGGCACACAUUGCCGAUUUUGAGACGGAGGUAGAUGAGCUUACACAAGAAUCUGAGCAAUCAAUACGCGAUGUCAUCGACCACCGAGCCGAGAUUGAGGAUCAAGCCACCUUGUUACGUGAUUUAUACACCAAAGCCGAAGCUGCCGCAUCUACCUCCACAUCCGCCAACGCCGCAGGCACCCGAACACGCACUGGACAGCAACAAGGACCUGCAGCACAAGAUGGAGAGCCAAAUCCCGAACAGGUAGAGGACCAGAAAGAAGAAGCUGUCGCUAGCACCCUAGACGCCUUCCGUGAUGGCCGUGCCGAAAAGAAAGCUGAAUACGAGCAACUCACACCGCAUCAACGAUAUGGUGUCAACAAUGACUACGCAGGCUUCAAAAAGCUAUGGCACGACGCAGCUGCUGGCGAAGGUGGCCCUCCACUUCCCGAUUCUUCGCGUUGGUUCCGUUCCGAUGGACGACCAGUCAUGACUCGCCCAGGAGCAAAUACGCGCCGCAGCACCAUGGGUGCGGUUGAUGACGACGACGAUAUCGCUAUUGCCAGAGAAGUGCUGAGUCUCAAUUGCCCGCUUACACUGGUACUGAUGGAGGAGCCGUAUAGUAAUGUCAAGUGCAAGCAUACGUUUGAGAAGGAGGCUUUGCUGGCUUACUUGCCCGUAAGAGGAGAGGCACAGUGCCCGCAGACGGGGUGCUCUCAGAAAUUCUCCAUGGCCAAGUUCCAGCAAGACUUUUACCUUGAUGAGGCGAUACUGCGACGUAUCCAGCGCACCAAACAGGCACAACGGGCUCUCGAUGAUAUGGACGUCGAUGACGAUGAUGAUGCUGGCGAUGAUACGGAGUUAGUGGUUGGUCAACAGAGAAGGGCGCCGGGGAGAAUAGCGAAGGCGGAGAGGGUGUAA